GACGAGCGCUGCCUGCGAUGACCUCAUCCCUGGUGUGGGAUGACGUCAAAUUCAAGAUGGAUGGAAUCACAGCGGCAGCGGCGGCUGCGGCGCGCGCGAGCCGAGUGUGAGCGGAAGGGGGCCUGGCGUCUGCCUCGGGGUUGAAGAGCGAGAAGCCCGAGCGAUGGAGGGGUUGCUGCACUACAUUAACCCAGCGCAUGCCAUCUCUCUGCUCAGCGCUCUCAACGAAGAGCGCCUCAAGGGGCAGCUGUGUGAUGUGCUCCUGAUUGUCGGAGACCAGAAGUUCCGAGCUCAUAAGAAUGUCUUGGCUGCCAGCAGUGAGUACUUUCAGAGUUUAUUCACAAAUAAGGAAAAUGAGUCGCAGACUGUCUUUCAGCUGGACUUCUGCGAACCAGACGCCUUUGACAAUGUGCUGAACUACAUCUAUUCCUCGUCCCUGUUUGUGGAAAAGAGCAGCCUUGCCGCUGUGCAGGAGCUGGGCUACAGCCUGGGGAUCUCCUUCCUGACCAACAUUGUCUCCAAAGCCCCACAGGCCCCCUUCCCAGCCUGUCCCACUAGAAAAAGAGUGUCCAUAGAGGAUGAAGAGACCAGUUCUCAAAAGAGAAGUGUCAUCGUGUGUCAGAGUAGAAGUGAAACACAAGGGAAAGCUGCUGGUCAGAAUCCACCUGAUCUGAGCCAUGCUUCCCGGCCCUCACCAAGUAUUGCAGCCAAGACCAGUACCAAUAAACCGGCUCCUAAGCCAACAGAACCACUUCACAAUCUGUCAUUAACUGAAAAGAGCUGGCCAAAAGAGAGUAAUGCGGGGUUUGCAAAGUCUCUUGAGCAUUCUGGGUCUUUGGAUGACCCCAGUAAAAGCACCUUGGUGAAGAGGAAUGCAGUGCUGCCCUCGAAGCCUCUGCAGGACAGAGACACCGUGGACGAUAAGCCAGGGGUGAGUGGUCAGCUUCCCAAGGGAAGAGCUAUAGAGCUGGCCUUGACAAGACCACGGCCGCCUGUUUUGUCUCUCCGCAGCUCAUCAGAGUCUCCCUAUCUCUUAAAAGAAAGUAACAAAGGAAGUGGUCAAGGUGAAGAUAGGAACUUGUUGUACUACUCCAAGUUAGGCUUAGUAGUCCCGUCCAGUGGGUCUGGUUCUGGAAACCAAAGCAUUGACAGAAGUGGCCCACUUGUUAAGAGCCUCCUCAGACGGUCAUUGUCAAUGGAUAGCCAGGUUCCUGUCUACUCACCCUCCAUAGAUUUGAAAUCUUCCCAGGGAUCAUCUGCAGUGUCCAGUGAUGCACCAGGAAAUGUGUUUUGUGCUUUAUCGCAAAAAUCAUCUUUAAAAGAUUGUAGUGAAAAAACAACCCUGGAUGACAGGCCUCAAGUGCUACAACCACAUCGCCUCAGGUCCUUCAGUGCUUCUCAGUCCACAGACAGGGAGGGGGCUUCCCCGGUGACUGAGGUGCGCAUUAAGACUGAGCCCAGCAGCCCACUGUCAGACCCUUCAGACAUCAUCCGCGUUACAGUGGGAGAUGCAGCAGCAGCAGCCACGAGAGACCUGCCUCUGAAAACAGAAGAUGACCACAAGGACAUGAGCAGGCUUCCAGCAAAGAGGAGGUUCCAGGCAGACAGAAGGUCACCCUUCAAGAAGGCAAAGGCAGAUGAGCAGGGGCCUCUUACAUCAGAAGAUAACUGUGAGGACAGCACAAACCCUCCCCUGGACAGAGAUUUCCCAGAUUCUGACUUGAACAAAGACGAAUUUGGUGAGUUGGAGGGGACAAGACCAAACAAAAAAUUUAAAUGCAAACAUUGCCUUAAGAUCUUUAGAUCAACAGCAGGUCUUCACCGCCAUGUUAACAUGUACCAUAACCCAGAGAAGCCCUACGCUUGUGACAUCUGUCACAAGAGGUUUCACACCAACUUCAAAGUGUGGACACACUGUCAGACCCAACACGGCAUAGUGAAGAACCCAUCACCAGCCUCUAGUUCCCACGCAGUUUUGGAUGAGAAAUUCCAAAGAAAGCUGAUUGACAUAGURAGAGAGAGGGAGAUUAAGAAGGCCCUGAUCAUUAAGCUGAGGCGCAGCAAGCCUGGCUUUCAGGGACAGAGUAGCUCCCCAGCACAGCAAGUCAUCAAGAGGAACUUGCGCUCUCGAGCCAAAGGAGCUUACAUUUGUACUUACUGUGGAAAGGCGUACCGUUUUCUCUCUCAGUUUAAGCAGCACAUAAAAAUGCACCCCGGAGAAAGACCCCUCGGAGUAAAUAAAGUUGCUAAGCCAAAAGAGCAUGCUCCUCUAGCAAGCGCAGUAGAGAGCAAAGAGGUUUACCCGUGCCGCCUCUGUAAUGCUAAGCUCUCUUCUCUUCUAGAGCAAGGCAACCACGAGCGCCUAUGCCGGAACGCCACCGUUUGCCCUUACUGCAGCCUCAGGUUCUUCUCGCCCGCGCUGAAGCAGGAGCAUGAGGACAGGUGUGAGUAUAAGAAGCUGACCUGCCUCGAGUGCAUGCGCACCUUCAAGUCCUCCUUCAGCAUCUGGCGGCACCAGGUGGAAGUGCACAACCAGAACAGCAUGGCCCCCACUGAGAAUGUCUCCCCGCCAGCUCUGGAGCACAAUGGUGAAGUAACAGCUGCUUCUAGGCCCCAGCCCCAGCCGGAGCCUAAUAAGGUAAAUCACAUCACUACACCAAAAGACGAUAAUGCAUUCAGUGACUCUUCAGAGCAAGUGAACUUUGACUCAGAGGAUUCCUCCUGUCUCCCUGAAGACCUUAGUCUUUCCAAACAACUGAAAAUCCAGGUCAAAGAGGAGCCUGUGGAGGAGGCUGAGGAGGAGGUGCCCGAGGCCAGCGCAGCCCCUAAGGAAGCAGGCCCCAGCAAGGAGGCCAGCGUGUGGCCCUGUGAGAAGUGUGGGAAGGUGUUCCCAGCCCACAAGCAGCUGGAGCGGCACCAGGAGCUGCUGUGCUCAGUGAAGCCCUUUAUCUGCCACGUGUGCCACAAAGCCUUUCGCACCAAUUUCCGGCUCUGGAGUCACUUCCAGUCCCACAUGUCUCAGGCCACAGAAGAGACGGCACAUAAAGAGGCAGAGGUAUGCCCCGUCCCCACAAACUCCCCSUCGCCACCGCCUCUGCCACCACCGCCACCCCUGCCGAAGAUCCAGCCUCUGGAACCUGACAGCCCCACUGGCCUGCCUGAAAACCCCACCCUGGCCACAGAGAAACUGUUUGCACCCCAGGAGUCGGACACUCUUUUCUACCAUGCCCCGCCCCUUUCAGCAAUCACAUUUAAAAGGCAGUUUAUGUGUAAGCUCUGCCACAGGACAUUCAAAACAGCCUUCAGUCUCUGGAGUCACGAACAGACACACAAUUGAGAGACCCACUUACCCGAUAUGAAAUGGGAGCCCCUCAAUUGUGAACUGUCCUAAGAAACAAAAUAUUUUUUAAAAAAAUAAUAAUAAAGGUUGGAAAUUGUUAUGCUUGAAUUUAAGUUUGGGAUAAAUUGACAUUAUUUAGAAAUGUCCUAACUCAACUUCAGAAAUAAACUCUAAAAUAUUGUGGUUCCAGACCUCACAGCAACAGUGGGGUUUGAUUUCGUUACUGUUGAAAUUGGAUUAAUCUUGAUGGAUUGCACAAUCCUCAUUCCAAGGUGUCAGUAUCAUCAUUUAAUUGAGGUUUUUGGUUUUUUACUGAUUUGUGAUUAGUGGAAUGCUGUCAGAGUAUUCCUUCUUCUGAUUAUUUUAGACACCUGAGUUCUAGUUAAAUCUUAGCCAUGUUCUUAAGGCCAAAAUGUAUCAGGAAGAAGUGGAGUUGUUGGCAGUAUURGUUUAGAUCUUAGACACCUUAGCAAUAAAAAAUGAUAAACCUCAACUUUAACAAGUUAUCCUGGCACUUGAUAAAAACAAAUAUCUGGUAUUUUGUGGUCAUGUAAGAACUUUCUUUUUCUAUGAAAAUUGUGAGAAAUUUAAAUCAGCAAUAGUCACACUUAGAUUUUUACAGAAUAAUGAAAACUUGCUCUCUGUCACUUAGUAUAUCAAAUAACGGUCAUGCUCCAAGGAAGACACAGAAAUGAAAAUGCAAUUUACAGGAGUCCACGCUUUCCAGGAGCUUCAGCUGCAACAGGCGUGUCAUAGAGACCUCUGUAUCACAGUCUAAAUCAGACCUGCGUUGAAAGGACUGUGCAUGUUUGGUUUCCUCCAAUUUAUGUUGUCACAGAUUGAAAGUCUGGGUAUAAUUGGAACAAAAUGCAAAGCUGACAUGGUACUCAUUCUGAAUUCAACAUUAGUGUGACAGGUAGGUGGGGACAAGURUGUAGACAGAUCCCACCACUAGGAACCAGUACAGCCACUCUACUAUGUUCUGAACCACCACUUCCUUCUAGAGACCUCAGCAGAGGAGGAAGCCCCACCUUGUACUUCCGACGUACUUCCCAGGAACAAUGUGUAUGAUACACACCUUUCUCCUGCCUCUCUGUCUCUUAUGAAGACUUCUGUUAGGAUGAGUUGGAGUUUAUAGUGGUUAAAAUAUCAGUAACAGAACCAUCUGCUCUAGGCCACUACUUAAUAAUCAAACAUAUGUGUCAAAGCACUUAUAAAGGGUCCAAAACUGAUUUUUUGCUACUUAUUUUGGUAAUAGGGUUUGGGCUUUUGUUGUUGUUGUUGUUGUUCUUUUCCUAUUUUGUGACAGUUGUAAUUAAAAGCCUUUUAGUAAGUGUUACCCAAAGUUCAUUCAGGUGUUUCAGAAGGGAAAAUUUUUAUUUCACUUUUAUGGGGAGGGUUACAUAUAUAAAAGAAAUAUUACUGAAACCACGAAAUCCUUUGUAGGUAGUGACACGGAUUAAGACUCCAAGUUUAUACCUUUUUUAACUAGGUAUUCUUUUAAAUUAGAAAAGUCAACUAUGAUGACUGAGAAAUAGUUUUCAAUUUGUGUUCUAAUAGAAGAGAACUCCACCUAUCAGUCUCAUCAUCAACAUUCCAUAUCAAUAGUGGGGGAGAUAUUCUUUUUAUUGAAACAGUCAUUUUUAUAAAAUACUAAUUGACUUUGUAUAUUAUAGAAAUUAUAUAUGAAAAUUUGCCUUUUAUCCUUACACUUGAAAAAGCUAUUAAAAAUCCCCAAAUAUUUUAGUAGUCAUUUCUAUUUUGUUUUCAAAUUUGAUGAAGAAAGGAAAAUAAAAUUAGGUUGCAGUUACUGAUUCUGGCCAUCUUUAUAUUUUCUUGAAGAAAUCUAUGCAUUUUACAGAUGAAACUAAAGCAUAUGACCUUUAAUGAAAGAGACAUCAUGGUGGAUUAUCRCAUAUGGAAUUCAUUCCCUGUUAAUGUGGUCAUUCUUACUCUGAGCACUAGCUGCCAAUUCAGAAGAAGACAGUUGCCUGUUGGCAUAUCUGUGAUAACUCCACGAUACAGAAUAAUCUUGGCAUUGCAGAUUCAGUGUCCCAGGACUUGAACCUUUAUGCUACAUUUUUGAAGAUUUUUUAAAUAAUACUGUUAAUCAGUAAAAAAGUAUUUUUGGUCUCAAUAUAGGCUCUGCAUAUCUGUUAGAUUUUAAAAAUUAACCAGUGUUUUGUCUUGGUCACAUUUUUUGUCUAGGCAAGAAGUAUAAGAUUUCAAAUAAAAAUUUGAACCAAAAACCAUUUAUAAUGCAGUUCUGGAUUUUCUAUUACUUUUUAUAAUGUACCUUAAAAGCAUUAGGCUGAAAGAGUUUAUUUUGGUGGUCAGAAACAACAACAAAAAAAAAUGCUUCCACUCAUGUAACUAUUUUAAAUGUUAAGAAGUAAAAUAAUGAAAGACACAUUGAUUUAUUCAGUAAACAGUUUUUUAAAGAAUGUUUAUCUCAGCCAGUAGGCAAAUAUUUGGUGUAAUAAAUUGGUCUUUCAUCGUUGCAACUCCUUUAGAUGGUAAAGAUAUUCUUGUAAAUGUUUUUUCUGAUUGUAAUUAAUUUUUGAAAAUGUAGAAAACUCAUUUAUUCCUUGUAAGUAUUCAGGAUGCCUGCUUUUUUACGCAGUGUGGAAAGAAUGUAAAAUGUUUUAAUAUAUUCUUUGUUAAUCUGAGAACUUGUUAUUGAAUCCUUUUAUGUGAGGUAAGGAGGGAGUAACAUAAAAGUGUUUUUAUCAGAGUAAGCAAUGGAGGUAACAAAUAUUGUGCAUUUUAUAGUAAUAUUUCAAGAUUAAUAGAAUAUUCAUGCUUAAGACUAGUUAGUAUGCAUUUAUGAUUUUACCAAAAUAUUCAACUAGCAGUUCAGUAAUGGAUGUUUUUGGCAUUUGUGGGGAGAUGUAUGUGUUCCUGUUUCUGUUUGGAAUGGGUCAUAUAGCCUUCUCUCUGUAAAAAUGUGUCCAAMACUUAAUUGGUUAUCACCUAAAUCCACACAAAGCCCCUAUUGGUGCUAAUGAGAGUAGCAGCUCUGGGGCAAGAAUGGAAUGUGCCCUUCCCUGGAGUCCUGGGUGGCUGUGUCUCCUGCCUGGCUGAAUAGUCAGGGUGUGGAAGAGACAGAACAGACUUGAAGUUGGCCUUUGUUCCCUCAGAUUGGGUUCUUGGGUGCAUACACACCUGUGCAACUAUAAUUCAGAACUACAAAAAGAAAACAAUUUUAAUUUUCUUAUAUAUAAAUAAUUAGGUGUCACUCCUAACAGAUUUCUUGAUAAAUUUCAUUCAAUUAACUAUUGGAAUAUUACAAGUCAGUUUGUCGGUUUCUGAUAUCUCAUUGGUGUUUUUUUUUUUAUAAACAUUGAUUUAAAUAAUGAUAAUACACAUUCUUUAAUAAGUUCAAACACUGGCUACUAAGCUUUUUAAAGUUUUAGAAAUACAUUUUCCUCUUGUGGCUCUAGCACUUUAAGAAGUUUGAUGUUUGCGUGAUUUCGAAUGGGCUCUUUCAGUGUUUACCAGGGAGUGCUGCAACCUAGGGCAUUUCCAUAUGACAGGAGGAAACUCAGUGUUUAGAUUCUGGAGGAGAAAGAGUGAACAUCAGGUAUUUCAAAAAUUCCUUUCAGAGACAGGCUUUGGGGAACCAAAGCAUUUUACUGUAAAUCUUUACAAUAAUUGAAUCAGAAUUCUUUAGUCAUUUGUUUGUACUAUCUGAACUUCCAUAGUUAUUCUUGGUUAAUACUAAUUCUCAAAAGGUGGAUAAUUUGUUACUGAAAAAUACAAAACUGUCUCACAGUUUGCAUUGAAUAUAUGCUUAUUGUUUAAAGAAAAAUGAAUGAGUGGUUUUGUAAUAUGUUUUUGUCGUUAGGCUUUGGAGUAAAUCACUUUUUUUAGGAAUAAGCUUUUUUGGACUGAAAAUUCAUAGUAAAAUAGAAUAUCUAAUGUUAAUCCAUUGCUUACUUGUACCUAAUUCUAUUGUCUGUUCACUUUGCUUAAAUCUUAACUAAGAAUGAUUGGAGUCAAUAAAUUUGUACUGUA